ACACGCUCGAGCGCGCGGACAGAAUACGUCGAACCUGUCGGCAGACGGCGACAUGAGCAUUGCGAUCUUCGUGACGUUGCGGUCGUCGUCCGGACAGAACGUCGUGUCUGCGACUUGCUGCAUCUGGGCCAGUGCACUCGGUAGUCAAUAAUCAAUUGGAGACCUAUGAAUAAACGUCUCAGUCAUGCAAGAAAAAUUACCCAUAUCUGACCCUACAGAUGUGCAAGUCGUUUCACAGUACCCAAAGAUGAAGAAUGAUGAAGGAUUUUCUAGGAACACAAGUUUUUCUUCUAUGAAUUUUGACAUUUGCAGAAUAUGUCACUGUGAGGGUGAUAUUGACACACCCUUAAUAGCACCAUGUUAUUGUGCUGGUUCAUUACGAUUUGUGCAUCAAGUGUGUUUACAACAAUGGAUUAAAUCAUCAAAUAUACGAUGUUGUGAACUAUGUAAAUUUCAGUUCAUUAUGCAAACCAAAACCAAACCAUUUAGUCAAUGGGAGCAUUUAGAAAUGUCUGGAAUGGAGCGUAAAAAGUUGGUGUGCGCAAUGUUGUUUCAUAUAAUUGCCAUGACAUGUGUUUGUUGGUCACUCUAUGUACUUAUGGAUCGGACAUUGGAAGAAGUUGAACGUGGGCAGUUGGAUUGGCCAUUUUGGACAAAACUUAUUGUUGUGGGUAUCGGCUUUACAGGUGGUGUUGUUUUCAUGUACAUACAGUGCAAGUCAUAUUUUAUGCUUUGCCAAAGGUGGAAAGCAUACAAUAGGGUAAUAUAUGUACAAAAUGCCCCAGAAAAACCUCGAAAAAAUCAAACUAUACUCAUUGAUGUUGCUGAGAGUAGUUCAGUUGAAACUAAUGCGGCUACAUCAAUUGUGCCUUUUAAACCACCUAUUGAACAAAAUGAUGAAACCAGUAUUGAUCUCAAAGGUGUACGUAAUGUUCAUAUAUUUUUUAAUAAUGAAGAUAAUCCCAUUAGAUUUCAAGAGGUUGACAAUCGAGAACAAGAAGAUAUUGAAAAACCAAUUUCAAGUGACACUGGAACCUCGUGGCAUAUACAGAUAGGAAAAACUCAAGGGGAAAAUCCUGAAGGUGAAUGUAACCAGGCAGCUGUAUGUCAAAGCAACCAGUCAGACCCAUCUUUUUUAAAAUUACAAAUUAAAACAGCAGAAAUAGUAAUCAAAUUCGGACAAAACGAAACGGUUCCUAACGAAAAGGAAUUUGACAACAAAAACGUCAACAUUCAAAUUGAAGAAUCAAAAUCUAAAAAUGACAUGCCUGAUAUUGCAAAUCCAGUUCAAAUACGAUUGGAUUAUGGAAGAGACAAGAAUUAUGAAGACAUGGAAGAAGCCCACGGGUCUCCUUCCCAAUCGCCAUUAUUAUCAUCUAGAAGACUCUCUAACUAUAGAGAUGAUAAAUAAUAACUUUAUACACUUAUUAUAAGCUAAUCUGUGAUUUAACAGAAAAUAAAACAUCAUAGAAUUUAUUUUCUUCCCACUUAAUUUAAAAACCUUUUUUUUUUGAGCAUUUAUUUCAAAUAAUCAUUCAUAGUUUUAUGAACACUGAAAAUAAUAUAUUUUCUUCUUUUUAUAAACCUAUUUUAUGUUAGUAUUUAAGUUUUUAUGGAUUUAUUUAUGUUUAGAAGCUCAAUUUUUAAUAAGUGUGGUUAUUAUUAGGAUAUAUUAUUUUUUAAUCACAUUAUUAUUAAUGCAUACUUUUUGAUGACGAAUGAUGAUGAUAAUGUAAAUUUUUGACCCGGCAAAGACUGAGUUACAAAUAUGUGAUGUUGAUAAAUUUCAAAACUUUUUUAUGUAUUUUAUUUUUGAACCAACUCAUUAUAUAUUAUAUAUAUGAAUGUCCCUUGUUAAUAUCACUAAGGUAUAAUACAUAAAAAAAAUUAUUGUUUUACAAGUCAUUUUGAUUUUUUUUUUGAAUUUAUAACGUAAAAUAAUUUUGUUUUAAAUUUUAUUUUUAUUGAAUAACUGUGUAUGAUGCUAAUUUAUGUGAUUUGUUAUACAGAAAACAUUAAAAUAUGUAAAUGCCACUUAACAUAUAGUUAUUAUUGCUUAUUGUAGAAGUAUGUAAAAGAUUGAAUAUGUAGAUAUUACAUUAGUAAUAAUUAAUUACACAUAUUGUUCUUUGAUUCUAUUUCUGAUAAACUUAAGGUAUACAUUAAAAUUAAAUAAUGUGUUUGUUUUAUUUUAUGUUAAAUACACUAUUUAAUUGUUUUACUCCUUAAACAAUAACAUUGAUUAAAAUAUAUAGUCUAUA